CCUCCUCCCCCCUCUCCCGUUCCCGCCCCCUCGCCGCUGGGCUCCUGGCGUGACUCGGCACUGAGCGCCCCGGGAGCCGCUCCGCGACCGCCGCCGCCUCUGUCCAGGCCUCGGCCUUCUGAGCAUCCCCCUUCCUCUCCAGGUCCUCUUCUCCUUCAGUUUCGCAGCGGGCGGCGUCGCGGCCUCCCUUCCGGGCUCCGAGAAUGGUGGGAGUGAAGCCGGUCGGGAGCGACCCGGAUUUCCAGCCGGAGCUGAGCGGCGCCGGCUCCAGACUCGCCGUGGUCAAGUUCACCAUGCGAGGGUGUGGACCAUGUUUAAGGAUUGCCCCAGCAUUCAGUACUAUGAGUAAUAAGUAUCCACAGGCAGUUUUCUUGGAAGUAGAUGUACACCAAUGUCAGGGAACAGCUGCCACCAACAACAUAUCAGCAACACCUACGUUUUUGUUUUUUCGAAACAAAGUGAGAAUUGAUCAAUAUCAAGGAGCAGAUGCUGUGGGACUAGAAGAAAAAAUCAAGCAGCACUUAGAAAAUGACCCUGGAAGUAAUGAGGACACAGAUAUUCCAAAAGGCUAUAUGGAUUUAAUGCCUUUUAUUAACAAAGCUGGCUGUGAAUGUCUUAAUGAAAGUGAUGAGCAUGGAUUUGACAACUGUUUACGAAAAGACAUGACCUUCUUGGAGUCUGAUUGUGAUGAACAGCUCCUUAUUACUGUGGCAUUUAAUCAACCUGUGAAGCUUUAUUCAAUGAAAUUUCAAGGGCCAGAUAAUGGUCAAGGUCCUAAAUACGUAAAAAUUUUUAUCAAUCUACCCCGAUCUAUGGAUUUUGAAGAAGCAGAAAGAAGUGAACCAACUCAAGCUCUGGAACUAACAGAGGAUGAUAUUAAAGAAGAUGGCAUUGUCCCACUUCGCUAUGUUAAGUUUCAGAAUGUUAACAGUGUAACUAUAUUUGUUCAGUCCAAUCAAGGUGAAGAAGAAACAACAAGAAUUUCAUAUUUUACUUUCAUUGGUACUCCAGUCCAGGCAACAAAUAUGAAUGACUUCAAACGACUUUUUUAAUCCAACUCAAAUGAACUAAAACCAGAAGAUUUUUAAAAAAUGAAUAUAAAGAUUGACCUUAUCUCAUUCCACUCCCCUCCUUGCUUCUCUGCUCAUCUUGCACCUGUCUGCUCUCACCCUUCCCAUGUUCUCAUCAUUGUUGGUGCAGGAUGUCUACAGCUUCUGUCAUCUGGAUCAGCCUUACUGUUACCUAGAUUUCCUCAGCUAUCUUGUUCCUCAAAUCUCAUUCUAGUUAUUUUUCUCCACUGCCUUUUCAUUUUGUUUUGGUUUUGGUUUUGGGCUUGCAACUAGGUGCUUCCAUUUUAUUACCAUACUGUAUUGUUCCCCCGAAUUUCUGUUGUUGUUUUUCAUUCUCCCAUCUUAUAUUUAAUUUUGUACUAUCUUUGUGAAAUAAUAUUGCAAUAAAAUAUACAUUGUUGUAGUUUCAAAUUUAACUAGUUGUUGGAUACUGUUUUAAUCCAAUCUGAAGUUUAAAUUUUAUUUUUUAGGAACUAUAAAAUCAUUUUGGAAACCAAAUAUAAACAGUUUCAUCAAGUUCUUUUAUAUGAGCACUAGUGCAAUAUAUUGAUUAGGCUGUAGUUAAGAGAUGUGGGUUUCUUCUUUUUUUUCUCAUUGGAACUGUGGCCCAGAAGUCAUUUUGCUUAUUAAUUGUGGGUGUAUCCUAUGCUUUGACUGCCCAAGCAAACUCAAGGCCAGUUGAAAGACUUAUGGACUAAAUAUUAGGCUGGUUUAAAAUAUUAAUAUGGAAGAAAACUGGACUCUUUACUGAAUAAAUACUAUGGAUACCUAAUUUUGAUGUACCUAGACUUUUAUUUCUGUGGUGUUAAUAUAAAGACUGAAAAAGAAAUAAAAGAGCUUUACAUUUGGGUAAGAAAAUCCAUAUUGGAAUGUUACAUUUCUUUUUUUUUGCAGAGAAUACACAUUGGCAAGUUGAGAGCUAUCAACCUGUGAAACAGUAGUUGGCAAAAAAGGAGAAAGUCACUAAGAUACAAAAGACAUGGGAAGACCACAUUGCAAUCAGACCUACAGCUCCUGGAUGACUGCUUGAUUCUCGCCAGACUGUCACUAUUCCAUUCAUUGCCAUUACCAAUAAAUCAUUGCUUUUGUUCCGAUGAUAUCACUAGUGUUUCUAUUGUAAUCUUGAUACAUGCAAUUGUAAAUAAAAGUCACUACUUUUGCCAAGCUUAA